GCUUAGUCAAGUUCCUUGGUCAAGUUCCUCUUAAAGCUACAGUAGCCCCUUUGCAGCGCUACGCGUCAAAGCAAACUGCUAGGCAUGGCGGCAGGUGAAGAAACUUUAGAAUCUUGGCUCAACAGAGCCACAGAUCCCAGUAACCAGGAGGAGAAGUGGGAAGUCAUCAAGGGAUUCUAUGAGCAGGUCAACAAAGAACUAGAAGGCCCACAGAUUGCUACUCGCCUCCUGGCUCAUAAAAUCCAAUCCCCACAGGAGAAGGAAGCGCUGCAGGCACUCACAGUUUUGGAGACCUGCAUGAACAACUGUGGGAAAAGGUUUCACAGUGAAGCUGGAAAGUACCGAUUUCUGAAUGAAUUGAUCAAAGUCUUAUCACCAAAGUAUCUGGGAACAUGGAGUACGGAGAAGGUGAAGUCAAGGCUUGAACAGACACUGUACAGCUGGACUGUGUGGCUUCCAGAAGACGUUAAAAUAAAGGAAGCCUAUCGCAUGCUAAAGAAGCAAGGUAUUAUAAAAAAAGACCCCAAGUUACCAGAGAACACAUUGUGGCCACCUCCUUGUCCAAGAACAGGAAGAACAGUGUUUGAUGAGGAAGAUAAAUCUAAGCUUUUAGCCAGGCUUCUGAAAAGUAGCCAUCCGGACGACCUCCAGGCUGCCAACAGACUGAUUAAGAAUACAGUGAAAGAGGACCAAGACAAGAUGGAAAAGGUGUCUAAACGAAUAAACACCAUUGAAGAGGUUCAGAACAACACGAAGCUCCUGAAUGAGAUGCUGACUAAUUACAGGAGGAGGGACAUCUCUGACAGCGACAGAGACGUCAUGAAGGGCCUGUAUGACAGGUGUGAGAAGCUAAGACCGACCCUUUUCCGACUGGCCGGUGACACUGUUGAUAACGACGAAGCGUUAGCGGAAAUCCUCCAAGCGAACGAUAAACUGACCCUGGCAGUUCAUUUAUAUCAGGAGCUUGUUGAAAGACGAGACGUGAAUGGGAAUAAUGGAAGCAACCACUCCGAGACGAAAGCUCCACAAAGCCCGGGCGCUGUCAAGAGUUACCACCUCAUAGACCUGUCAGAGCUGGAAUCAGAGUCCAGUCCCAGCACGGGGUCCUGCGAGAGCCCCCAGCGCAGAGCAGGCAGUCCCCCCACCGCCCUGCUGGAUGAAGAGCUCAUGUCGUCGGGACUGGAUAGCCCGUCUUUCUCACCGAUUUCAGGAAUUUAUAAGUUGGCGUUAGAUCAGCCUAUGAGCCAGGGUGGGUUCAGCUGCAGCCAGAAUCCUGAAGGGCUGAGAGCAGCAGUGAGCAGCAGCAGCAGCAGCAGCAGCCAGGGCAGUGCGCAGGACCUUCUGGAGCUGCGUGGAAGAGACUCCUCACAAUGGCCUCUGACAUCUCAGGCUCCACAAAACAAGCCUGGGCCUGUCCUACAGCCCCGGUCAGCCCUGGGUGACCUCCAGAAUCAUCCAAUCACAAGCUUGGCACGUCACACUACACCUUUCAGCCCCACCCAGAGGGAGCUCACGGACAGCUCUCUGUCUGACGUCUUUGUUUCACUGGACUCCAUUAAGCUAGCAGGUGGCAUUCUUCCAGUCACAGCCUAUGAUAAAAAUGGCUUCCGAGUGAUGCUGCACUUUGCCAGAGACCCCCCUGCUGGCCGUGCUGACGUGCUGGUGACUGUUCUGUCCAUGCUCAGCACCUCCCCUCUCCCCAUCAGGAAUAUUGUAUUCCAGGCUGCGGUGCCCAAGGCUGUGAGAGUCAAGCUGCAGACAGCGACCAGCUCGGAACUCCCUGCUUUUAACCCUAUACUGCCCACUGCUGUCAUCUCCCAGGUCAUGCUGUUUACCAAACCACAGAAGGAGAAGGUGCGGUUAAGGUUCAAGCUGAGCUUCACACAAGGCGGCCAGUCCUUCUGCGAGCUGGGAGAGGUGGAGCACUUUCCAGAAAUCAGCUCCUGGACCGGUCACUGAGGGGAACCUGCUGACCCCCUCCACUGUGCAAAGAGCAAACAAGUUUCAAAUACGAACGUAGUGAAAGAGCCGAAUGUUACAAGAGAGACCAUUGGUAUACUCUACAGGGAUGGAAAUACCACUCCUAUUACAUAGCAGUGUGAUCCAUUCCUGGUUUUACAAUAAUAACACACCUGAGCUUGUUACCUAUACGCUGGAGCUAAUCAAGCUUGUAGUAAAACCUGGAAGGGGUGAAACUGCUAUGCAAUAGGAGUCUUAUUUCCAUCCCUGCUGUAUGAUGUGCUGCACUUUAAAAUAUGUUUCAGCAAUUCAGUUAUAUUUACUAUUAACACACAGAUUCCCUGUUGAAUUUGAACUCAUACCAAGACAUUAUUCAUUUAUAUUGAAGCUGAAAUAAAUUCAUCCUGAGUAAACACUUAUUUCACAGUGUUUUCAAUAUAAACCUGUUGUAAGGUUUCAUGGAUUUACAUUUACUUCAAGCAAAUGAAAUAUGAAUUCAAUAAAAAAUAUAUAUGUUGCUAUAAAUUAUUAUUAGUUUGAAUUACUGGUGGUUAUUAUAAAGCAUUGCAGUUACCCAUUGCACUUGUAAUCUGUGAGUAAGGUUGUGUGCUUUAUUACCUCUGUUCAGCUUCAUCAAACAUUUAAAGCUGUCUGGCAACAACAAAGAACCAUGAAGAAUCUGCCAAGGGCCAGGGUGACAACUUCCUUCAGGAAUAAUCAAUUCAUAAAACCCUCCUAGUUGUUCUUCUGGGACUGUGUUCUUCUAAUAAAAUCAGAGGUCUUCUUUCUCCAGGGCUGUGAAGAGGCACAUUGCAUUAAGCUGUGCUGUCGCCAGACACCAGCAGAAUAAAGUAUUUGUAUUGUGUCUGCAGACCAGCCUCAUAUGUUACACUUUUGCUGUGUUAGCAGCUAAUUUGUGUGACGUCAUGAAUGUUAAAAAACAGUUUAAAUUGAAGGUCUGAUCACAGCUGCUUGCAAAGUCAUACUAGGGAUACCAUGUAACUAUAAUCCGAUCAAUCAAAAACCAAAUACCGUCCUGUUUACAUCAACAGCUAUCGUUACAAACAGUGUGGCAUAUUCAUAAAGUAUUAGCGUGCCAGUAAAGGCUUGGGACUCCAUUGCAAUUGCUGGCAGUAUAAUGCUUCAUUAUGAAUAUGGCCCAAUGUCUCCUCUGAAGGGUGUUCUUGCACGGCUGAGUUGUUUUGAUGUGUAAUUGCAAUUGUACAAGCUGCGUCUUUUAAAUAAAAGCUUGCCUGCCUGCCUUUUUAA